AUGUUUAAGCUUAUGAAAGAAAUUACGGGCAUGUUUGAUCCAAAGCCAGAGGGACUGCCAGAUGCAGAGCCGAGAAAGUCUGUCACGAAACGGAAGAGGGCCUUGACCAGAGCUACAGAGUCGCCCGAAAGUUCUCUAUUGGGGUCAGAAAGAGACCGUACCCUCUCACCAACUCAAAGGCGUUGCCUUAAAAGUUUGAGGGACAGCAAGGAUUGUAUCCCCAAACCAAGAAACCCAUCGCCUUGCCCAUUUUCUCCAGUCCUACCACCAGCGCUCAUGGAACCGUUUCCAGAUUUCAAAGAUGAGUACGAAAGCCUGGAACCUUACGAUCCCCAUCACUGCAAUCUCCACUGCCCCCAUCACGUAUGUAAAAGUCUCCGCAAACUUGAUGAGAAAAACCACAUCGCACCAAAACCGUGCAUCCAUAACGAUCGGCACGCUCCGCCAAUUUUUCGGGGCCCCUUCAACCUAUCUCGCAUUCCAAGCCUCAGCCGCAGGAGCUUUGCCGCCACAAAACGCGCCUAUGGCCUCAACGACAAGGCCGGCAAGAUACGCGUGGAGCUAACAUCCGCCAUCGCACUCGUGCAAAAGCUCCGUGACGAGAAACGGCUAGACUUUUGCUGUCACCUCCUCUCACACCCACACUACACAUGGAACGCUGUGUACAAGCGGUCGCAAUUCCAACCUGCCGCACAUGCCGCGGAUGCUUUGGUAGACAAACUACUGGAAUAUCUGAGGUGCAUGCUAUCACGCUUUCCCACACUCAUGCGAGAAGUGACCAUUGCGCAACUGGAGAAGGAGAUGCAGGAUUUCAUGUACUUGGAAGUGCUCUGGUGGGCUGCAGAAUGGUGUCUGUGCAAAGCCCCUAGCAAGAAAGACAGCGAGCGGAAGAGGGGCUCGAUGCUGAGGAGGGCCAUGGUGACUGCGUUGGUUCAACGGUCGGAGGGCAAGCAAAGGAGGGGGGUGGAUCUUGUGAUGAACAGGGCUGAUGAGGUGGUUAAUAGGGUCAUGGGGGUGUUGGUUUGGUGGGAUGGGGUGAACAGGGACGUGGAGAUUGAAGAGGAAGAGUUUGAGGGGAGUGUCGGGUCUGUUGAAACCGUGGUUGGGGAAUGGAAUGAUGGUGCGUUUAGUGAGCCAAGUAGUGGGUCGAAUCAUGACUCAGACGUGGAAGACGGGGAGGACAUGUGGUAG